AACUCAACACCAAGCUUGGCACUGCCUGGAAUGUCGCCUUCUGCUACAACCCAUCCGUCUCUGCCGACUAAUAGUUCACUGUUAUCCAACUCAACUUCAGGCUUGGUACAACCUGGAAUGGCUCCUAUGGCUUCCACUCAACCAUCAAUGUCAAACACAACGCCAAGCUUGGCACGACCUGCAAUGUCACCUUCUACCACCCAACCAUCUUUGCCUGCUAAUAGCUCAUCAUUACCAAGUUUGACACAACCUGGAAUGGCACCUAUGACUUCCUCUCAACCAUCAUUGUCAAACUCAACACCAAGCUUGGCACUGCCUGGAAUGUCGCCCUCUGCUACCACCCAUCCAUCUUUGCCGACUAAUAGUUCAUCGUUAUCUAACUCAACCUCAGGCUUGAUACAACCUGGAAUGGCUCCUAUGGCUUCCUCUGAACCAUCAUUGUCAAACUCAACACCAAGCUUGGCACUGCCCGGAAUGUCGCCUUCUGCUACCCAUCCAUCUUUGCCGACUAAUAGUUCAUCGUUAUCCAACUCAACUUCAGGCUUGAUACAACCUGGAAUGGCACCAGUGGCUUCCUCUCAACCAUCAUUGUCAAACUCAACACCAAGCUUGGCACUGCCUGGAAUGUCGCCUUCUGCUACCACCCAUCCAUCUUUGCCUACUAAUAGUUCAUCGUUAUCCAACUCAACUUCAGGCCUGAUACAACCUGGAAUGGCUCCUAUGGCUUCCUCUCAACCAUCAUUGUCAAACUCAACACCAAGCUUGGCACUGCCUGGAAUGUCGCCUUCUGCUACCCAUCCAUCUUUGCCGACUAAUGGUUCAUCGUUAUCCAACUCAACUUCAGGUUUGAUACAACCUGGAAUGGCUCCUAUGGCUUCCUCUCAACCAUCAUUGUCAAACUCAACACCAAGCUUGGCACUGCCUGGAAUGUCGCCUUCUGCCACCCAUCCGUCUUUGCCGACUAAUAGUUCAUCGUUAUCCAACUCAACUUCAGGCUUGAUACAACCUGGAAUGGCACCUAUGGCUUCCUCUCUACCAUCAUUGUCAAACUCAACACCAAGCUUGGCACUGCCUGGAAUGUCGCCUUCUGCCACCAAUCCAUCUUUGCCGACUAAUAGUUCAUCGUUAUCCAACUCAACUUCAGGCUUGAUACAACCUGGAAUGGCUCCUAUGGCUUCCUCUCAACCAUCAUUGUCAAACUUAACAUCAAGCUUGCCACUGCCUGGAAUGUCGCCUUCUGCUACCCAUCCAUCUUUGCCGACUAAUAGUUCAUCGUUAUCCAACUCAACUUCAGGCUUGAUACAACCUGGAAUGGCACCUAUGGCUUCCUCUCAACCAUCAUUGUCAAACUCAACACCAAGCUUGGCACUGCCUGGAAUGUCGCCUUCUGCCACCCAUCCAUCUUUGCCGACUAAUAGUUCAUCGUUAUCCAACUCAACUUCAGGCUUGAUACAACCAGGAAUGGCUCCUAUAGCUUCCUCUCAACCAUCUUCACCAGAUCAUAAAAUUCCAAGCUUGACACUGCCAGCAAAUUCACCUUCCAAUACCACCCAACCGACUUUGCCUAACAAUAAUCCAUCAAUAUCCAACUCAACCCCAAGCUUGACACAACCUGCAAUGUCACCUUCUGUUCACCAGGCUUUGCCCCAUUCCCCAAUGGCACCUAUGGCUUCCGCACAACCAUCUUUACCAAACACGACUCCAAGCUCGACAAAAGCAGCAGUUGCACCUUCUCCUACAGCUCAUCCUUCUUCAUCUAAUACAACAUCAGGGUUAAAACCAUCUUUGCCUAGUGCUUCCUCGCCUCCAGUUUCUGGCAUGAAUCCCAUCAAGCCAACAAAUGCAACUACAGCAUUUCCGUCUAUCCCAACGAAAAUCUCUUUGCCAUUCCUUUCCCCACCAUCUACCAAAGCUAGGCCUUGAAAUAACUAUUUUUCA